AUGCGCAACGUAAAAAGAGUAUUCCUCAAGUUACUAUGAACGAAUACAAGGACAAACAGGUGAAUGCAAGAGAAGAGGAAAGGGUAGACUUUAUUUCAACCAUUGGAGAUAUAGUACAGCCUCAGGCAGAUGACCUUCGACUACCCGAGACAUCAUCUCACCUUCACAUGCAACAUCCAUCAGAUUCCGCUUGCAGCCCAGGAGUGCUGGAUGUCAAAGAAGUCAACCAAACGGUUCUAGAAGGCUAUCUCUCAGCGAGGAAGCUAUCUCGCCUCGCCAUCGAACAGGCGCACGUUACGACUAAAGACUCUCGAGGACCACUUAACAGGGAGGAAGUGCAGCGCUCCGCGGAGCAAUGCGUAGGUCUCUCAGCUGCUAAGUCAAACCGGAGAACGUCGAGCCGGAGAACUUUGAAAGACGUGUUGUCACUACUGUCUCAACCCCAUGAUUUCGUAGCUUCUCCCGCCCCUGCAUCGUCAAUUGGCUUUACAUAUCGAAAGACGGCAGAGGCAAGAGGCAAAGAGAACCUAUCACGCAAAACUAAACCGCGCCUGAUGAUGUUCGAAUCCUCUCCAGCCAUUCCGAAGGAUGGCCCUGGAGUAAUUUCGGAAGAUGUUCAAGGAAAUAUGUCCGCUAACGACAAAGCCGAUAGGAGCUUCAGCAUCCGCCAUUCUCACAGCCGUGAGGGCCCUCGUCCAGACGUUUAUGAGGUAAUUGUGUCGGACACAGGAGUAGUAGACCAUCUUGAAGAUGAGCGGCAGCAACAAGAUGAUCUUAACUCCAGCCGCCAGUCGACCUACUCGACUCAAACUGCCAUGAUGCUAGCCCAGCUCGAAUUCCAACAAGACGUGUUUCCUCCCAUCUCCUGUGAAACCCCGGGCGCCGUGCUGCAGUCUGAUAACGCACCACAACCCCCGGCACGAGAGCCCAGCCCUGCUAUUACCCCAUUUCAUACCUUCAACGCAGGGUUGAAUGAACGACACCCCCCAGAUAGUGUUCUACAUGGGCCGCCUAUAAGCACCCAAGACCUAUUCUGCGCAGCAUCUCCAUUCGCAUUCAGCACAGUAAAGAAGACUAAGAGACAACCACAGAGCACUCUGAGGUUUGCAGUGCUUCCCACCGAAGAAAGAAUCAAUAAAGAUGCUGCUCAAACGAAUGACCCUAAAAGUCCAACGCCAUCGGCCGAGCGGAUUCCGCUCAAGGAGCGAAACUCCUGUGGGUCUGCACUGAGGUUCGGAAGCACAGGACCGCAGGAGUCGUGCUUGAAGGGCCAACGGCUGCCCUCAAUAGGUGCCCUUGAGCUCCCUAACCUCGACUUGCAUACAUCGUUGGAUGACGCCCUCGACGAGGAGAUGGAUUUCUCGUUCACGAAUGGAUUUCUUCGGAAUCUAGAUGGUAUGACUUGAUGGCGCGCUGUUCUGGGCAUUCUGCAGUGGUGGA